GUAAAGAGCUAAAUUUGCUAUGGCCAAGCUCCUCUUCAUCUCCCCACACACACUAAAAGCUCUCCUCCUCUUCAUCACCAUCUCCACCACCACCACCACCAUUCUCGCUCUAAAACAUCCUCAUGAUCACAAACUCCGCCAUCGCGGCGGCGGCGGUGGCGGCCACGGCCGCCCCGAGAAGUUCACCCACCUCCACUUCUUCUGGCACGACAUCCUGACCGGCCGCGACCCCACGGCCGUCUCCGUCGCCCGUGCAGCCUCGACAAACGCAUCCGCCACCUUUUUCGGCGUCGUGAACGUCAUUGAUGACCCACUGACGGCGGGCCCUGCGAUGGCUUCGAAGCUGGUCGGGCGCGCGCAGGGCCUGUACGCGUCGGCGUCGAAGGAGGGGGUCGCGCUGAUGAUGGCGAUGAACUUCGCGUUCACGGAGGGGGAGUACAACGGGAGCACGGUGGCGGUGCUGGGGCAGAACGCGGCGUUCUCGGACGUGAGGGAGAUGGCCGUGGUCGGCGGCAGCGGCGCCUUCCGGCUGGCCAGGGGCUACGUCCAGGCCAGGACGCACAGUCUGGACGUGAAGACUGGAAACGCAGUCGUGGAAUAUGAUGUCUUUGUUUGGCAUCACUGAUUAUAUUUAUUUAUUUUCACAUAUAUUUGCCCUGCCCUGCAUUCUGUUUUCCUAUUUCUUGUUUUUAUUUUCCUUUCGGCUCUAUUUCUAUUUUAUUCCCUCCUCGUUUUCGAAUCAAACGCUCCCUAAUUUAAUGUUAUUUUUGUUC